GUCGCAAGAUGGCUGAUAUCGCUUGAAAGUAUGUUCCCUUCCUCAACAUGAAGUCGUGAGUGUGGAAGAAAGCGUGGGAGGCACCAUCGGGCGUUUAUUUUUAUUUUUAUUUUUUUUCCACAUUUCAUUUCUCCAAACAUCCAUUUCAUUUCGCGUCGUCUCUGUCCCAGAGUUGUCUUUGAGAGUUGACGCGUCAAGUCACGCCGGGGACCCAGCUAGCUAAAUUAGCCAGCUAGCUACAGCGGUUAACGUUAGCCAGCGAGCUAGCUAGCUAACUAAGUCAUAUUUUGAUACUCCAUCGGCCAGCUAACUAGCACGUAUCAGUAAUUUUAACUAUUCUAACGGUUAUAAUAUCAAUAUACUGUCAGAUUAAGAAUUAAUCGACCGUCAACUUCGAAAACUAAUGCGCAACGUUUCUUCUUCGUGUGAAUCAGGAUUAGGAUUUUGGAGUAAAUCAUAACAUUACUGUAGCUAGCCAUCAUCAGCUGUCAACAUUUAAUGUGUUAUUAGCUAGUUAGUUAGAGGAGUAGCUAAACUCUAGCCGGAGUAUUAGACUAGCUGGCUUUGCUGGCAGUUGACCAAAAUACUGCUAGGGAUGGACACACAAUUGUACACACACGACCAAAUAUAGAAGAUUGGCUUUGCACACUAACUAGUUCGCUAGUCAAGUUGCUAAAAAAGUUAGCUAGCUUGCUUACUUGCUGUUGGGAAGUGCACCUCUCGGCCUGGCCAAAUAGCUUGCUAGGCUAGUUAGCCUUUGCAGGGUUGGUCACUCUUGUCAGAGUUGGGGGUGGCAACAGCUAGGUGCAGCAACAGUCGCUAAGUAAUUCACACAGAGAGGUAAGUUAGCUAGCUGCCAGGUUCUAGCUAGCUACAGUCUCGACCCUCACAUCAGCUAUCACCACGGAGUUCAGAACGUACCCGGAGCCCUCCCCCGGCCAGACCCACCGGCUCAACAACACUGGGAUGGGCGUGCAGGGCUUCCAGGAGUAUCUUGAGAAACGGUGUCCCGGGGCCGCGGUCCCCGUGGACCUUCUCAAACUAGCCCGUACGCCGGGCCGCCAGCCCCCGCACCCCCACCACCCCCAUCACCCCGGCCCUAUGCCCCCUCCACCCCCGGCCCGGAUACUCAUCGAUGCUGACUCCGGCCUACAGCGGCUGUACGGCGGUUACCAGACGGACUGGGUGUGCGGCGGGGAGUGGAACGCCAUGCUGGGAUACCUGGCCGCUCUGUCCCAGGCCUGUCUGUACCAGGGUGGGCUAGAGCUGGUCGUGGUGUUCAACGGGACCCUGGGGAAGGAGCGGUGGCCGGAGUGGGCGCGCCGGGCGCAGGGGCAACGCCAGACAGCCCAGCUCAUCGUUAACCAUGUCAGCAGUAAGGCUACCCCGCCUCCCCGCGCCUGGUUCCUGCCCCCGGCCUGCCUCAGCCACUGUGUCCGCCUCGCCAUGUUCCGCUUCAGAGUGCGGGUUGUUCAGACGUUGGAGGACCACCACCAGGAGGUGCUGUCUCUCUACAGGGACUUUGGUUUCUGCGGCCUGAUCGCCCAGGACUCAGAGUUUGCCCUCUGCAACGUGCCCGCCUACUUCUCCUCGCACGCGCUCAAACUGUCCUGGAACGGCAAGAACCUGACCACCCACCAGUACCUGCUCUCUGAAGCUGCCAGACAGCUGGGUCUGAAGACACAACACCUGCCCUGCUUCACUGCUCUGCUGGGGAACCAUAUUCUCCCUGAUGAGGACCUGGCUGCCUUCCACUGGAGCCUUUUAGGACCAGAACACCCCCUGGCCUCACUCAAGGUACGUGCCCACCAGUUGGUACUGCCUCCCUGUGAGGUGGUUAUCAAGGCGGUGUCAGAGUAUGUCUCCUCCAUUAAAGACCUGGGGAACCUCGACGUUAUCGCCAGGGACGUCUUCAAACAGUCACAGUCUCGUAUGGAGGACAAGGUGCAGCGUUUUAAGAGGGCUGUGGAGUAUUUCUCAGCUGCCUCUAAACCCCGCCCCCUCUCCAUGGGACCCUCCCCCUACCUCUUGCCAGGGUUUGGUCCGGCUCCGUUUGGGGGACCUCCUGGCCACAUGGGGGCGAUGCAGACUGUAAAGCACCAGUUCCAUCCCCAGGGUGUACAGCCACCCUAUCAGAAUGCUCCAUACGGUCCAGGCAACACCUCUCUGUUCCAGAACCCCCCACCUCCCCUGCAGGACUGCAAAGAUUCACUGGCAGGGAAAAUGGCCUUCACCGAUUGGUCGGCUCCAUAUGACCAGGGAGGAAGUAGAUUACCGAAUCACCACACGGCCGCUCCCUCUGGCCCCUCCCCCUCUCCUUCAUCUUCUUCUGAUGGAGACGAACCAAACGACAGCAGCAACCAUCUGACAGACAAGUCCUCCAGGUGGGACAAUCCGUCCGGUCGGGGGGGCGGAGGGGAUGGUUCCCACGGUAACAUUCCAUCGCUGUUGUCGAUGGCGACUCGGAGUCACAUGGACAUAACCACGCCCCCUCUGCCUCAAGUCAGCGCUGAGGUGUUGAGGGUAGCAGAACACAGACACCGCAGAGGACUGAUGUACCCAGAGAUAUACCACAUACUGACCAAGGGAGAGAUAAAGAUGGCGGUGUGUAUAGAAGAUGAUUGUAACAGUGAGCUGCCUCCAGCCUCUCUGCUGUUCAGAGCAGCCAGACAGUACAGCUAUGGGGUCCUCUUCAGCCUUGCCGAAACACACCGACGCCUCGAGAGACUCGCAAUGCGCAAUAGAGGACCCCUCGACGUCCCCCCAGUGAUAGUGAAGGAGUGGUCCAGUGGUAAGUCUAAAUCAGCCCUGACCCCGGAGCUGGUUCCAGCGCUGUGCUUCAGAGAGUGGACCUGUCCUAACCUGCGGAGGCUGUGGCUUGGUAGGGCCAGUGAAGAUCGCUCCCGGAGGACCAGAGCGUUCCUAGCCUGUCUCCGCUCCGACUGUCCUGCCCUACUCAACCCUGCUCAGGUCCCACAACACCUUCUGCUCAUGUGCUGCGUGCUCAGGUAUAUGAUGCAGUGGCCAGGUGGUCGUAUCCUACAGAGACAUGAGUUGGAUGCCUUCCUGGCCCAGGCAGUCUCUAACCAGCUGUAUGAACCAGACCAGCUGCAGGAGCUCAAGGUGGAGAAGGUAGACGGUCGGGGGGUGCAGCUGGCGUCCCUCUUCAUGGCGGGCGUGGACACGGCUCUGUUGGUCAACGACGUGUGUGGUCAGCCGUUACCUUGGGAACACUGCUGCCCCUGGGGCUUCUUCGACGGGAAACUCUUCCAGACCAAACUGGCCCGCGCCGCCCGAGACCGCCAGGCCCUGCUCGACAUGUGUGAAGGACAGGAGGAGCUGGUGUCUCGUGUGGAGAAGAUGCGUCAGGCCAUCCUAGAAGGAAUCAACUUCUCUCGUCCUCCUCCCCCUCCUCCCCCUCUCCCCCCUCCUUCCUUCUUGCCUCCUCCCCCCUUCUACCCUCUGCCUCCCCUCUACCCCCCCCGGCCCAUGGGCAACAUGCCCCCCCACCACCACCCUCAUCAUCCUCACCCUCAUCACCACACACACCCAGCCCAGCACAGACCCAGAGCCUUCCCAGGUCUGCAGUCGAUCCCCCCCCAUGGAGGGAAGUUGGAGAUAGCCGGAAUGGUGGUGGGGCAGUGGGCCGGGAACAAACCAUUGCGUGGCAGAGGGGGGUUCAACAUGCAGGUGGUGUCGGUCGGGGCAGGGAGAGGAAGGGGUAAGGACAUCCCAGUGAAAGGAGGGCGAGGAGGUAAAAAGACCUCACCCCCCCCCUCCACCAGCCCCCCCAAGUCCUCUGAGGGGGAGGGGCUUAACUCUGGGGGUGUGGCCCAGAAGCUGAACGGCAGCCCUGCAGCCUCUGCUAUUGGCCAGCCUCUGGAUUUGCCCCCACUGGCCCAGCCAACCCCGUGUGCCUUAGCCAGCAAAGACAACCAAUCAGAGGAGGCCCCUUGUUGCCUUGACGGCUGUCCGUCAGACGGAAUGUAAUGAAGGAGUUGUGACUAGGCUUUCCCAGGAUGCAACAGGGUGUUCUGAAAGUGCCGUCUGUGUUCCACUGCCUUCCCCUGUCUUUCUGUUAGCCCCGCCCACCAACACACCAACCAGGAAGUCAGAGAGGGGGAGGUGCUCUCCUCCAUCAGUCGAUUUGGUUGGUUGAUGGAUGUGUUCCGCUAGCCUUUCCCCCCCCUCUCUCUGCUUCUCCGUGUGAUUGGUUUGGCAGAGCAGUAAGCCCCACCCCUUAAUUUUGUCAUGUGGUUUUAUUUUAACGAUGAGAGGUUUUUCUCCAUGAGUCCAUUUGUCUGUAAGCCCCGUCUCCACCCCAUAACCCCUGACCCCUAAAGCCCCGCCCCCAUGGCCCAUCGCUAUUGUAGCACCAGCACACUCUCUCAUAAUGUUCUAAUGAUCCCUCCCUAGUGUUAGUAUUGAUAGUGAAUCUACACUCCCCUACCAGGGUCCGCACAGUUAGACCUCUACUACGGUGUUUAGUAGUUGUAGUAGUAGUGUGUUUGACACUAAACUCCCACUGUUGGCUAGUCUGUUGGUUCCGGAGCCUGGGUUAUUAAACUCCCACUGUUGGCUAGUCUGUUGGUUCCGGAGCCUGGGUUAUUAAACUCCCACUGUUGGCUAGUCUGUUGGUUCCGGAGCCUGGGUUAUUAAACUCCCACUGUUGGCUAGUCUGUUGGUUCCGGAGCCUGGGUUAUUAAACUCCCACUGUUGGCUAGUCUGUUGGUUCCGGAGCCUGGGUUAUUAAACUCCCACUGUUGGCUAGUCUGUUGGUUCCGGAGCCUGGGUUAUUAAACUCCCACUGUUGGCUAGUCUGUUGGUUCCGGAGCCUGGGUUAUUAAACUCCCACUGUUGGCUAGUCUGUUGGUUCCGGAGCCUGGGUUAUUAAACUCCCACUGUUGGCUAGUCUGUUGGUUCCGGAGCCUGGGUUAUUAAACUCCCACUGUUGGCUAGUCUGUUGGUUCCGGAGCCUGGGUUAUUAAACUCCCACUGUUGGCUAGUCUGUUGGUUCCGGAGCCUGGGUUAUUAGACUCCCACUGUUGGCUAGUCUGUUGGUUCCGGAGCCUGGGUUAUUAAACUCCCACUGUUGGCUAGUCUGUUGGUUCCGGAGCCUGGGUUAUUAAACUCCCACUGUUGGCUAGUCUGUUGGUUCCGGAGCCUGGGUUAUUAAACUCCCACUGUUGGCUAGUCUGUUGGUUCCGGAGCCUGGGUUAUUAAACUCCCACUGUUGGCUAGUCUGUUGGUUCCGGAGCCUGGGUUAUUAAACUCCCACUGUUGGCUAGUCUGUUGGU